AUGGCUUCUACCGUCAAUUCGAUGCCGGCUGCCAACAAUGCGUCUGGCAAUGCCGCAAAUGCGCAAAAUCCCGGAGCUCGACCUUCUUUGAGAUCCAGUGCCAAUCCUAAAGCGUCGGAGGGGGGCCGGCGCCAGUCCGGCAGCCCUCUCGAGGGCGGGCAGAGGCGCAGUAAUUCCCAGAAGGCUUGGUCUCACGGCACAAACCCAAUCACUCAACGGGUCUCAUACGCACAGCAGAACGGCAACAUGUCCCACAAACAAUCUGCCUCUCCUCGGGCUACGUCCAAGGAGUCAAACACUCCCGACAACCACGCACACGACCGCCUUGUUUUCCUGCUUACGAGUUUUAUUGGUUUAAACGCUACCAUUACGACCAGAAACGGGGAGAAAUUCACGGGAAUCUUUUCUUCCUCGUCGCUCGAACCUAGUGACUCCUCAUUCGUACUUAAAAUGGUGCAACGACCACCUAAGUCGGAUCAGAACAAAGCAAACGGAGCGAGCGAGGCUUCGAGCCCAUUCAUGGGGUCGGCCCCGGACCAUAGCAUGUCCUUUGACGUCAAGGAUGUGGUCGACAUAUCGGUCCCGAACGUCACCACUGCCGACGUUACGGCCAAAAGCUCGAAUGGGACUCCUGUAGGGUUCAGAACGGAUACUGACAUUUCCGGAAAUCUUGCGAUUCGUGAAAGAACUUUGAAGCGAUGGGAACCAGCGGCGGACACGGAUGUCGACCUAUCACUCGAAACGACAAACAACCAGACUGGAUGGGACCAGUUCGAGGCGAAUGCCAGACUCUUCGGUGCUACUAGCAGUUACGAUGAGAACAUAUACACCACUCGAAUUGAUCGAUCUGAUCCCACCUACAAGCAGAAAGAAGCCGACGCUGCUCGCAUUGCCCGUGAGAUCGAAGGCACUACGGCGGAUAAUGCACAUGUCCGAGAGGAGAGAGGAUUGGUAUCUAUGGAUGAUGUUGAUGAGGAGGCCAAAUACAGCGGUGUCCGCCGCGAUGAGAAGGACUUCCCCCCGCUUGUGUCGGGCCAGCCGAACAAGUACACCCCACCGGCGCGUCGACAAAAUGCCGCUCAAUCCGCCGCCAUGGCCACGGGCGCCACUGCAAGCGCUAUCAAACAAGCUCCGGCUGCGCCCAAAGAGGCUGCCGCCGCAGGACCGCCGAAGGAGAACGGACAGGUCCAGGCUCAAACCGCACCCACCAGUGUUGCUACAAGCUCUAGUGCUGAUGCGGAGCAGAAACCUGCAUUGUCCAAGACCCCUACUGGCGCCACAGGAUCGGCUCCUGGAAAUGCCACCUCAAACGUGGAGGCUGAGGUGCUGGAUUCCUUCCGUCAGUUCGCACACAGUGAGAAGGCGAAAUUACAAGAACGCCGUCGCAACCAGGCCACGUAUGAUCGAACGAUCAAGUUGAAUGAAUUGAUGAGGUUCUCGAAGAGCUUCAAGCUGGCAACGCCCGUGCCUAAGGAUCUAGUGCCAAUUUUAGCCAAAGAUCCGCACAAGCAAGAGGAGAUUAUUCAAAGAGCCCAGCAACAUGCCGAGGAGAAAAUAGUGCCCAAGGCUUCGGCGAGCACUGAACAGAAGCCCGCUGCUCGUGUAUCUGGAGCUUCUCGCCAGGAAAGCGGAACCGUGCUGCCUGCCACGCAGUCUGACCGCUCGAAUUAUCCUCGGGGUCGUCAAAUGUUUCCCCCAACCGGUCCGCAUGCAGGGCCUGGUGGGCGACUUCCACAGCAGGCUGUGCACCAGGGUCGUCAAGCUACCGGUAUGCUCGGUCAUCGUUUAGCAGAUAACAUUCAGCAGCGGAAGGGAGCUGCCGUUGGGGCUGUUCCGGCUCCAUUGCCUAUCCAUGAUGUUCGCAUUCCCCCGGCCGGCCCAGCUGGGGACCAGCCUGCUGUUACCAGCCCGAAUAAGUCACAAACACCAACCUCGGCCUUGUCGACCAAGUUUAAUGUGAGAGCUCUGGAGUUCAAGCCGAACCCCGCCGCAAGCACUUUCACUCCCGGUGCUUCAUCCACCUCGUCGCCAUUCACUAGAGGACGCUCUGUCUCGCGGGCCACCAGCCCCUCGUUGUUCUUCGGUGCGAAAAAGCCAAGACCGAUCUCUGAAAGACCUUCUCUCAACAACCAAUUUAACCCAAUCAAACGCAUGAAGAAAGAAGGCACGGAGCAGGGUGACAAGGGAUACACCUUCAAUGGAGGCAUUCCUCCUGCUUAUAAGACCCCCCCUACGUGGGAUGUGUCUGCUGGGAACGAGGAGAAGGAUUAUUUGCAAAUGUUCAAAUCCCCCGCCUCUGUGCCAGCGAUUUCCCCUCAGAGCCGCUCUGCGUCGAAUCCACAACUCCCCCAUCCGCCACAGAUGCCAUUUCAAUUCCCUCAGACGACUCCGGGAAUCCCUCCCACUACUGGCCCACCGCAUGGGCCUCAUCUGCACCCUCAGCAGCAUCAUAGUUCCGGCCCACCGCACUUCGACGAUCCCCACCGUAUGCAGAUGUCUGCCUCGACCUCGCAGAUGUUCCCAUCCCCGAGAUUGCAGCAUGGCUACCCAUCCCCUAUGGCACCACAUGCGCAGCUGGCGUUUGGACAGGGCAUGCCACAGUUCUUCGUUAACCAGGGUGCCCCACAGCCUGCACACAUGAGACAUUAUCCAGGCGGCCCACAAUUCGUGAACCCACAAACGGCCAUGGGUGCUCCCAUGAUGGUUCAGCAGCCGUCUAGCGGACCUUACAUGGGUGUUCCUCAGGGCGUAGCCCCUUAUACGCCCCAGAUGCAGAUGUAUUCCCCCAAUCCUAGCCACGCUUAUCCUCAGCAUGUGCCUCCGCCCCAGCCUCAUAGUGGCUACCCGAGUCCCAGUCGAGGUGCACCUAUGAUGAUGCACCAGAACUCUCAGCCAGGUCAGCCCCCGCAACCCGUCAUGUUCAUGUCACCUGGGCAGCAUGGGCAGCCCGUGUAUCCUGCUCAACAGCCGGCACACAUGCCUCCCGUCCGCGGAAACUAUCCUCAGCAACAACCGCACUUCCAGUCAAGUCCCCAUCAAGUGCACCAUUACCCACCUCACCAGCAUCGGACACCUAGCAGUGGUUAUAACCAGAUGCCCCAGAUCCCCCCUCAAAUGGCUGCUCAACCUGCAGCUGCUGGCGCAUCUGGUCCUCAACCGCAAGAGGCUGCAGAUGAAGUGAAAUGA